AGGUGCCCAGGAACCCCUGUCGCAUGAGCUGCAGGAACAGCGGGCACCUUGACAUGAGCAGCUGCCAGUGUGCCUGUCCCCCCGGCUACACGGGCAGGUACUGCCAAGUGAGGUGCAGCGGGCAGUGCCUCCACGGGAAGUUCAGGAAGGAGGAGUGCUCCUGCCUCUGUGACGUGGGCUACGGUGGAGCCGAGUGCGGCACGAAGAUUCGGUUCCCUUUCCACACCUGUGACGUGCAGAUAGACGGCAACUGCUUCAUGGUGUCCCCCGAGGCUGACACCUACUACGGGGCCAAAAUAAAGUGCCAGGAGAAAGGGGCAAUGCUGGCGCAGAUCAGAAACCAAAAGGUCCAGGACAUCCUGUCUUUCUACCUCAGCCGCUUGGAGACCAGUAACAGGGUGACAGACACCGAUUUCGAGACCGGGAACUUCUGGAUCGGUCUCACCUACAAGACGUCCAAGGCUUCCUUCCGCUGGGACAUGGGUGAGCCGUCCUCCUUCACCAGCUUCGCCUUUGGGCAGCCAGACAACCAGGGGUUUGGGAACUGUGUGGAGAUGCAAGCACUGGCUGCCUUCAACUGGAAUGACCAGCGCUGCAAGACCCGAAACCGGUACAUCUGCCAGUUUGCCCAGGAGCACAUCUCCCUGUGGCAGCAGGACCCCUGA